AUGGAGAAGGGAGCACAUCUGCAACUGGGCUAUCGAGAUUUUGAGGGGAAAGCUGCCAUCGCCCUCUUCCUUCUGUGUCUUCGAUGGUGCACUGAGGGCAUCACGUCUGAACAAAGCACAUCGGCCUUGAGUCCACCGCUCGCAGGCGACCAAGCAACCGGCUCGCCUCAGCCGGUUCUCUCUCGACGAGCUUGCACGGAAUGUCGACGGAAGAAAGCCAAAUGCGACAUGAAGCGACCGUUCUGCUCGUUGUGUCUGCGCGUUGGGGAAUCAUGCGUCUAUCCGGUUCGCAGGGCGCACCGCCGCAAACCCAGGGAUGCCAGCACGUCUACCUCCCAGUCCCAGGAGGUGCCAGGCUUAACCACUAUCACCAUCGGCCCGGGCAGCCUCGAUGCACUCCCACCUUCAACCAACUAUUGCACACAAUACGCAACGGGUUCCGGAAUGUCUCAGUCGCUCCCGUCAGUGUCGAUACCGGAUGGAAAUCUACAUUUCCCAGAGUUGGUCAGCGGUCAGUAUCCCGGGUUUAGCCCUCCGAACUUCGACGGACCCAAAUUGGCUUCUGAGCUUCCCCCCUUGCCGCUAUUUGAUCCCGAUUCCCUGGGACAAUUCACCUCCACAGAUUAUGAUGGCCUGUGGGACAAUGACCCCAAGCAUGCUGAAGCAUGUCAUGCCGGUCCGACAUUGCCAAACGCCAAUCUUAUCUGCCUCGCAUCUCCUCGCAACUUGACCCGCUUGAGAUUCGACGUCCAAGUCAGUGCAUCCGUCGCGCUGGAUUUGAUCGAUGGAUUUUUUGAACAUGUCCACAUUCAUCAACCCCUUGGCCUUGACUCCCUUUUUGCUGGAUUUGCGCCACGCGAACGUUCUGCUUCCGAUGGCGGACGAAGACUGGUUGGAGGCCAAGCACUGCGCAUCCACGUACCUCGACGCGAAAUGUGA